UUCCCACACCCAUUAGCUCUUGGCAUUUGCUUUACAACUUAUUUGUCAGAAAAAUCUCCCAAUUCCUUCUGUCUCUUCUUCAAUUGCCUUCUCUCUUUAUUAACAAUACCAGUCUUCUGUUCUUGUUCUUAAUUUGUUUUUUGAAUCUCAUACUAAUAAUCACAGAAUAUUGAUCAUGGGUCUCGUUGAAAGAGUUGUGUUUUUCAUGGUUUUAGCUGCUUUAUGUGUUGCUUCUUCAAUGGCUGAAGUUUACAAGGUUGGUGAUGGCAAUGGAUGGACUGCUGAGGAACACAUGCCUGAUUACCAAGAAUGGUCUGCUUCAAAAGCCUUCAAAAUUGGAGAUUCCAUUGCUUUCGAGUACGAUCCAGAGUGGCACAAUGUUGUCCAAGUGAGUUACGAGAACUACAAGAAAUGCAACGCUUCAUCACCAAUCAAAACCUUCACUUCUGGCAAAGAUACAAUUCCAAUUAAGGCUGAGGGACACUUAUUCUGCAUCCGUGGAGUUCCUGAACACUGUGAAAUGGGACAAAAAGUUGAUAUUAGACUUGAUAUUGGAGUACUUGCUGAUCGUGCUACCCCUGAACCUCCAACAACUUCAGCACCAGCACCUUCUUGUUCCGCUCCUGCACCUUCACCAUCAGUCAGUGCUCCAGCUCCUUCACCAAACAGUUCUGUCUAUUUCUAAGGGUUUUACUGGAAAAUUGGGUUUCGUUAUCCUUGCUGUGGUAGCUGCAGUUGCUUACUAGGAAUUGUUAUAUAUGAUGAGAUCUUGGUUGUUACUUGGUAAGAUGAGAUCUUAGUUUGCUUUAAACUGUUUUUAUAAAACCCAUCAUAGAUUGAUAUGGAUUUUACGGUUUUACUUCCAGUGCCUAGCUAGUAUCCGCUGUUGUUGUGGCCCUUGCUAUCUCAUGUAAAAAGAAAAUCAGCAGAUAAAUAAAUAUUAACAUUUGGUACGA